ACUGCCAGUCUGCCAUACUGCCAUUCAUGCACCACCACACAAAUCCUCAUCAGUUUCCUGAACGAAAAACAGCCCAAGACUCCAAAUCAACCUCUUGUUCCUUUCUCUUCUGCUUCUUCCUUCACACAACCAAUACACAUUUCCAACUUUCAUCACAACACAGCCAUGCAAACACCCUCAUCACCACCACUCCAUCCGAUCAAAACCUUAGAGAAUUCUACGGUUUCACCUCCCAAAGGCUCAGUCCCUGACACCUCAAUCCCUCUCAACUCCUUCGAUAUCCUCUGGCUCACCUACGGCGCCGUCCAACGUCUCUUCUUCUUCAAACUCCCAUCCUUCUCCACUUCCCACUUCAUCUCCCACCACCUCCCCACCUUCAAAUCCUCUCUUUCCCUCACUCUCCAACAUUUCUUUCCCUUAUGCGGCCAUGUCAGGCCAUCCUCUUCAUCUCCAGAUCACUACGAGAUUCACUACACCGACGGCGACUCAGUCUCUCUUAUACUCUCCGAGUCAACCGGAGACUUCCAAGAACUCUCCGGCCACCAACCCAAAGACUUCAAGAAACUCCAUCCAUUAAUCCCAAGCUUAACCAAAGAAUCCACUUCUUUGAUGGCCUUGCAACUCACUGGUUUCCCCAACCAUGGUGGCCUUUGCUUAGGGGUCUCCAUCAAGCACGUCGUCUCAGACGGUACUGGCUUCAUCAACUUCGUCAAGUCAUGGGCUGCCACAAACCUCGCCGGAGUUCCCAAAUUCACUCCACCAUUACUUCACCGCAACAUCAUCUCCGACAGCGAAAAGCUCUACUCCGUCAAUCUUGAAGCCAUUAGACUCAUGGAAGCCAAACUCAAAGUGUUCUCAGCCAACGUUGACUCGCCGGACGACGAACUGGUUUGCGCCACCUUUUCUUUAAACAAAGAAGAUAUCAAGAAGAUCAAAGACUCAAUCAUGAGCAAAUAUGGAUCAGGCUUUGCAGCACCAUUCCAUUGUUCUACGUUUGUGGUUGCAUGUGCUUAUAUGUGGACGUGUUUGAUUAGGUCUAGAAAGUGGCCAAGUGAGAGAACUGCUCAUUUUGUGUUCGCCGUGGAUGCGAGACCUCGGGUGACUCCGGCGAUCCCGCCAUCGUAUUUCGGUAACUAUCUUGGCUGCUGUUUCACAGAAGUUAAGGUUGGUGAUGUAAUGGAUGGUGAUGGAGUUCAUGUGGCUGCUGAGGCUAUUGGAAAAGCCAUUGAUGAGCUUAUGAAACAUGGAGUUUUAAGAGAAGCUGAGGAAUGGCCGAGAAAGCUUAUGGCUUUGUCUAGUGAGAGGCCGUUGUCGAUCGCCGGCUCGCCGAAGUUGGGGGUUUAUGAGAUUGAUUUUGGGUGGGGGAAGCCUGUGAAGGUGGAGGUGACCACCAUUAAAGAAACUGGAGCUAUGUCCAUGGCCGAGAUUGGCGGCGGAGGAGGAGGAGGAGGAGGAGGAGGUAUUGAGUUUGGUUUGGCUUUUCCUAAGCAUGAGAUUGAUGCGUUUCAGACUUGUUUUACUGCUGGUCUUCAGCUUCUUUAAGGUGGUUGGUGAUGUAAUGGAUGGUGAUGGAGUUCAUGUGUUUACAUUGAAUUUUGACAUGGUCCAAAGUAAUAUAUUAUUAAAAUAAAAAUAUGUAAUUCCAAUUUCAAUGUCACCUUUGAUGACUUUUUUUUUAAUUCAAUUAAAUAGCAGAGAAAAUCCCAAACUUAAUGCUGUA